AUGCCUCAGAACGAGUACAUCGAGCGCUGGCAGAAGCAGCACGGUAAGCGGCUGGACCACGAUGAGCGAGUCCGCAAGCGCCAGGCCCGUGAGGGACACAAGGCAUCCUACGAUGCUCAGAACCUGCGCGGUCUGAGGGCCAAGCUGUACCAGCAGAAGCGACACAAGGAGAAGAUCCAGAUGAAGAAGCGUAUCAAGGAGCAGGAAGAGAAGAACGUCAAGUCUGCCGCUCCCGACGAGCCAUCCAAGACCCCUCUGCCCCAGUACUUGCUCGACCGAUCCCAGGCCACCAACGCCAAGGCCUUGUCAAGUGCUAUUAAGGAUAAGCGUAAAGAGAAGGCGGCCAAAUUCGCCGUUCCCUUGCCUAAAGUUAAGGGUAUUAGUGAAGAGGAGAUGUUCAAGGUGGUCAACACCGGAAAGAAGACUCACCAGAAGUCCUGGAAGCGAAUGAUCACCAAGCCUACUUUCGUCGGUGGUGAUUUCACUCGUCGCCCCGUCAAAUACGAGCGAUUUAUUCGUCCCAUGGGUUUACGUUACAAGAAGGCCAAUGUCACCCACCCUGAACUUGGUGUCACUGUCCAACUGCCCAUCCUUUCCGUCAAGAAGAACCCCCAGAACCCCCUAUAUACUCAGCUGGGUGUUUUGACCAAGGGUACCAUCAUGGAAGUGAACGUAUCCGAGUUGGGUCUUGUCACCACAACCGGUAAGGUUGUUUGGGGUAAAUGGGCCCAGAUUACAAAUGUUCCCGAGAAUGACGGAUGUGUCAAUGCCGUUCUGCUCGUUUAG